AUGAGGGAUGUCAUCAAACUGAUAUCCAAGGCACAGCCCAGUUUGCUGUUGAACAUCCUCGACAAUUCAAAUGUUGGUAAUGGGCAGCCAACUGGACCAGAACCACCAAAACCAGACCAGCCAUCAUGGUGUUCCUGCUCUCAUUGUAGAGAGAUACCAACACAGCAGGAGAGGCUGUGUUGUAAAAGACAGCCAUUGAAUUGCCAUUCAAGGUUACCGGAUUUCCAGCAAUGUGUUCUCGAUGAACUUGUUCUUGAGCUGGCAAUCCGGUACCGGAAUGAUUUCCUGGCACAGCCUGAAGAUGAAAACUACAACAGGUGUCAUCGCCUUGCUGCCUACAGGCAGUAUAUCCUGUGGAUUCACGGAUAUUUGGGGUCCGGCAACAGGCGAGUCAUACCAAGCUGUUGCGUUUGGCGAAUCAGGGACAAAUAUCCAGAUGCAACUGGCCAGUACGUUGGAUUUGUUGGUGGCAGACUUGGAUAAUAAAUAGUAAUAUGAAAAAAAGGGUAUCAUUUGGUCUUUAUUUUAUUUUUUGAACACUGAACUGAAGAAUAAUGAUCUGAAUCAACAAUAGCACAAAGCAUAGAAAAUUUAAAACAUAGGUAAUCUAUUGAUUACAAAUUUCACCUCGUUCUCCAAACAAUGACAUAUGGGACAAGAUCUCAGAGAAAACAAAGUCGGUAAACUAUGAAAUAUAGGUCACAGUGAUCUAAUUUAGUCUGUAUACUGAUGAACUACCAUUUUUCAGUGGUUGUUGUUGAAGUUUAUAGGUGUUUGUCGUUUCACCUUGCACUCAUUGCAUCAACCAAAUAUAGUUCACCUAUUCCUUAUUGUAUUUGAAAAACAGACCAAACAAGAACAAGAGGCCCAGAGGGCCUGUAUUGCUAACCUGAAUAUGU